CUACUUGGCUGUGGGCCAUGUGACACCUGACUCUCAGAGGAAGGUAGGUGAGAUGAGAGAGGUCUGACAGAUUAUCUUAGAGCAAUUGGAUUGAAACCAGCAGUGGUAACCUUAUAGUGUGUUUUAUCAGGAGAGAUAAGAAAUGACACACACACUCACCAUGCGCACUAAAACAGCCUACUCAGUAAAGUGUUUGAAACACCGAUGUAACUGGUCUAUUACUACCACACAUACCUCUAUGUUAUCUACCCAGAUAAAUCCUAUUCUACCCUGGUCUCCUUUCCCACCACCACCCUUGUCGUUCCGCCCCUUAUUCUCUCUCUCACACACACACACACACAAACACACAUCACCCUGACACAGCCCACUCCAAUAUUUUACAGGGAGUGAUGAGAAAUGAGAGAACGGUAGGUGGAGUGGAGUGGGAGGGAAUGCACGAGAGAAAGAGAACAUGUGUAAACAUAUGUUUCGCAUGCCCAUAAAGAUCUUUGAAAGUCAUUUAAAUUAGAGAGAGAGAGAGAGAGAGAUGUGGAGCGAUGAGAGAGGUGGAGGGGAAGGGAGAGAGAACAAGAGGUUGGGAGUCUCAUAUUCACAUACACGAACACACAUCUUUCAGUGACAGGUAAAGAGGUCAGACCAGGCGUCCUCCUAUCCAGCCUGGCCUCAGAGCCAUACGAAAAAAGAAAAGAAAAUGGAGCACUUCCAAGACUUAUGAUACUUACAAAUAGUGUAGUUACUUUAGACAGAAAUGAAAGCAAGGAGGUUGGUCGGGGUGGUUGUAAUCCGUGACAGUCUAGCAAUCCAAAGGUUGUUGGUUCAAUUCACCUCACCUGCUACGUAAAUUCACCUAACCUUUGUUGUUUUAGUUCCCCUAACCUUUCACGUAAAUUAUCGUAACAUUUUUGUUAGUUCUCCUAACCACCAAUUCUCCCAGUAAUUCUUAUUUGUUGUUAUGAGGCAACAAGCAACCUGGUUUCAGAGAAAGACGUAUAAUACUACACGUCAUCCAAGAUGUAUAAUAAGUUAUGCCAUCCAAUUCGUAUGCUAAUGUUCGACCGAGUUAGACGUAUGAUACUAUAAGUCCUAUAAUUUGUAUGUUAUUGUAUGACUGCUAUCCCAUUCACUUUGUAACCGAGCGUUUACGUAUCAUACUAAACGUUGUGUCACAGAUUUACUCCUGAAAAAUACAAAUUACCCUGAGACCAUGUCACGUCAAACCCAGCAAGGGGAGCAAAACAUCUUUAACACACACACACCCCUCCUCAGCCUGUCACCUCAGUGAAGGUGGAGCCACUGUAGAGAGCGGGAGAGAGAGCGAGUCCACUCCACACUCAUCCAUGGAGAGAGAAAGAGAGGAGAGAGCAGCGGAGGAUUUCACACUCAAAUGUAUUUUACCUUCUUUGUGAAAUCUGGAAAUCUGUGGAGGGUAUCUGGCAGCAAUGAGCUGUUGAAUGUUUGAGACUUGAGGGAUGGACCUGGAGAAAGUGUUAUAGCAGAGCGGUCCUACAUCAGUGGACCUUUCAUUACUGGAGUAAUCAUCUGAGGAACUCUGGUUUGGAAUUAAACUCAGCGGGACAUAGGACGUCUGCUUGAUUUGUCAUUGCAAUUCACUGACAGUAUAUGCACUGGUAAAAAAAUACGGUGGGUGUUUUUAUUUAUCUACCUGGACAUCUGUAUGGGAAGAAAUGUGAAAGAGAGGACUCUCAGAUUGGUCAUUGGAAUUCAUUGACUUUCAGUACAGUCACUGCUCUAGCUACCAAAAAAACAGGAGGAACAGAAGGACAUCUCUUUUUGCGUAGAGACCUGGUAGAAAAGGUAUCAGAUAGCCCCAUUUCCCAGGAGGGCUCCCCUCCCUGCCCUCCUAGCCUCCCCUGUCCCCAGCAGCAUGUCCCAGGCUGUGAGGCUGAUUCCAGUCCUCCCCAAACCACUCUACCAUGAGCACAUGGGCUGCUGGAGGGAGUAAGGCUGCCUCUGCCUGGUCCACCUCUGGGUCUUGGUUUAGGUCUGGCUCUGGGUCCAGGUUUAGGUCUGGUUCUGGGUCUGGGCUAAGGUCUGGCUCCAGCUCCAUCUCUGGGUCCUCCUUUUCCAGCCUGUCACUGUCUCUGCUGCUAGCACUGCUGCUCUCCCUUUCUGUCCCUUUGGUUGUCUGUCAUCAACCUCUCUACAAAGGCAGGAACCAGCCCCACAGCCCCAACAGCACUCUUAGUGCCCCGGUGAACAGUUCCCUGGCUGGGUCCAGGAUUGGAGGAACUGGGCAGACUGGGGAUCCCUUAGGAAGGACAGGGGGUCCACUUGGGAGGCAUGUACGCAGCUACAACCACCUGCAGGGAGAUGUGCGGCGGAGAAAGCUCUUCUCCUUCCAGAAGUUCUUCCUGCGGAUCGAUAAGUAUGGCAGAGUCAACGGGACCAAGAGCAAAGAUGACCCACUCAGUAUUCUGGAGAUCACAUCAGUGGAUGUGGGCGUGGUGGCUAUCAAAGGACUGGGCAGUAACUACUACCUGGCUAUCAGCACCAAGGGAGAGCUGUAUGGAGCGAAAGAGUUUGGCAUUGACUGCACACUGAAGGAACGUAUUGAAGAGAACGGCUAUAACACCUACGCCUCAGCCGAGUGGAGGAACAAGAAGAGACAGAUGUUUGUGGGCCUGAGUGUCCACGGGAGGCCACUGAGAGGGAAGAAAACGCGGAGGAGGAAUACGGCCACACACUUCCUCCCCAUCAUGGUGUGAUGAUGAGGAGGAGCUUUUUACUGGACUAGACCCUGUCGGAGAGCUAAUUCAGCACUGAACAAUCUUUCAACUAAGGAUAAGAAAGGGAUCUGGACAGAGAGCAUCUGAACUCAAAUACAUAUUUUGUCUAAGGAAGUUACUUAACUGCGCAGAUGCUGCCUCCCACUGGGCACGGACGUCAAUUCAACGUCUAUUCCACGUUGGCUCAAUGUGAUUUCAUUGAAAUUACAUGGAGCUACGUUGAUUCAACCAGCUGUGCCCAGUGGGGCUGCUUCUGACUUUGCUUGAGAUGGUUUAUUGUUUUGGGGGAUGGACAGUGUUUUCUGUGGCACAUGGUGAAAUAUAAACUCUAUUCUGUGCCAAAUCAUUGGAAAGAGGUGGACUGAAGGAGGA